UUAAAAAUGUCAGUCUCUUCACUCGUUGAUAUAAGCAUUCGCGUUUUCUCCAUGUUAUUAAACCAGAGAUGACAACAAUACAAGUGGAUGAGAUCUGCAUCGGGCCACCUUGCCAUUGUUGCCAAUGCGGCCAGCAAAUAGUCCCGCCACCACCACCACCAUUUGACUAUUACUUCCCUUCUUAUCCUUGCUGCACCUAUCAAAAUGGCCAUAUCCCUCCAGAUUGCAAUUAUGUCCCUAAUUCCUCUUCUGGCUAUGAUGACUCCCCAGACAAGCCACCGUCGAAAGGAAACCAUGAUGAUCCCCCGCCCCCUCCGCCAAGGAUAAACCAUACAACAGAUGGAAAACGGAUUAAGGAAAGGAUUGAAAGAAAGUACAAGUCGACUAUUGAUAAUCUCAAGGAGGGAAGUAUGGUGUUGAAGGUCCCUGAUGUUGCUUUACCUGUCGGAGAAAAUCCAGCUUGGAAUGAUCCAAAGCUUUAUGUCUUGGGAAUUCAGCACACCCUAGUCAUCGUCUGGAAUGCAAUAAUGAUCCCCUCCACACUUUCUGCUAUGAUGGGCGGUGCCAAUUUGGAAAAGGCCGAGGCAAUCCAGACUUCCCUAUUUGUAACGGGAAUAAGCACAAUUUUACAAGUUGGUUUCGGUUCUCGGCUUCCUGUUGUGAUGCGGAGAUCCCAAGCUUUUAUCAUACCCGCCAUCUCCAUUGCUUUAUCUACCAACAGUAAUUGUAGCAUCACACUCAAUCACCGUCAGCGGUUUAAGCUAUCUGUGAGACGGGUACAAGGGGCAAGUAUUAUUGCGUCCUUGGUUCAAAUGAUUGUUGCUUUCUCUGGUUUAACCAAGUUUUUUACAAGAAAAGUACACCCUCUCCGAUCUGCUCCCUUCUUGACUCUCAUCGGACUUGGGCUUUAUUCACGGGGAUAUCCGCAGUUGUUGAGAUGUAAGGAAAUUGGAGUCCCAACAUUGCUUAUUAUAGUUCUCUCAACUCAGCUUCUUCCCCGGAUUUGGAAAUCAAAAAGAGAGCUAGUCGACAGAUUUGCUGUCACAAGCUCGGUUAUAGUUGCAUGGUUGUUUGCAGAGAUUUUGACUGCUGCUGGUGCAUACAAUAGUGCAGCUCAAGGAACACAAGCUAACUGUCGAACUGAUCGUUCUGGACACAUUCCGUAUACUCCAUGGAUAAAGAUUUCACUUCCAUUUCAAUGGGGAAGUCCCAUUUUUGAACCCCUUGAUGCCUUUCCAAUGAUAGCUGCUUGUUUUGUUGCUAGUAUUGAGUCUAGUGGAACAUUUAUUUCAACAUCCAGAUUAGGGGGUGCGUAUCGCAUACGAUCUAAAGCACUCGAUCGUGCAAUCGGCGUGCAGGGAAUUGGAACUCUUAUAGAAGCAAUAUUUGGCAUGGGACAUGGCUCCACUGCUUCAGUUGAACAUGCAGGUCUUGUGGGAUUAACACAGGUAGGCAGCAGAAGGGUCGUCCUGGUAUCAUCAGCUUUCAUGCUUACCCUUUCCAUACUAGCAAAGAUUGGGGCUUUUCUCGCUUCCAUACCCUUUCCAAUUGUGGCUGCUUUGCAGAUUGUCUUCUUCCCCUACGUGGCUACAGUAGGUCUUGACUACCUCCAAUUCUGCAAUACCAAUAGAUUCAGGUCAAAGUUCAUUUUAGGGUUUUCUCUCUUCACUGGACUCUCUCUGCCUCAAAACUUCAAUGGCUAUCUUUUAGUUUCUGGUCAAGCCACUGCUCCUCCUAUUACUCCCUCAACCAGGUUCAACGACAUAAUACAAGUGAUAUUUUCAUCCCCACCAACAGUUGCAACUAUAGCUGCUUUCUUUUCUGACCUACUUCACAAUGAAAAAUUUCUGAAAAGAAUUCUGUCUAAGGAGUCACGUGAGCAAGAAGAUGCAUCGAGUGAAGACGAUGAUGAUAUACCCAUGGCUGCUGAUGAGCCUAAGAAAGAGGACAGCAACCAGCAAGCUGCUGAGAAAUUGAAAGAGGAGAAAAAAAUAAUUAAAAAAGCAAAGUUGAAAAGAAGCAAAGCCGCUGAUGAUGGCACACUUAUGUUUAAGACAUUGAAGCAGUUGGAAAAACUCAGAUUUGCUGAUGACAUUCACAUUUCAGUGAAGAAAAAAGAGGCAAAAAAGGACGAGGAGAAGAAACAGGAAAAAGUUCCUGGGAGACCCCCUGCUCCAUAUUUAAUCAGAGCCAAGAAAAAGAAGUUGAAAGAUAUCAAGGCCCCUGAUACGCAAAUCUACUCUCUUCCUUCUAGUCUUAGUGAUUUCUUCUCAUGAUUCUGAUCGACUGCAGACACCUUUUCUUUUCUUUUCUUUUCUCUUUAUUCUCUUUUGAGCUUGAAAUAAAAUUUAAAGCUUUUGAAUC